CACACCACUCAUAUACAGGCGUACUCCUCCACCGCACACGUACCCCAUUCAUCUGAAAACGGUCUCCACCACACCUGUCUGGAUGAGCUACUCGCUCGACGUUCUCGGAAGUCCCUUCCGGAGAGUGAUGGACACUAGGACAAGCUACAGCCGCACCAGCGGCGGCUCCGGCUCCAGCGGCUUCCGCUCGCAGACAUGGUCCCGGGCCAGCCCGGUGUCCUCCGUGCCCUACAAGAGGACGAUGAACGCGGAGAACAUAGACCUGAGCAUGGACCUGAACACACCGAACUCAGCGCUCAACGAGAAAGAGCAGCUCCAGGGUCUGAACGACCGCUUCGCAGUGUACAUCGACAAGGUGCACUUCCUGGAGGAGCAGAACAAGCAUAUCGAGGGAGAGAUCAACGCACUGCGGAGGAAGCAGGUUUCCCGCUCGCAGUUGGGCGAGCAGCAUGAGCGCGAGCUCCAGGAGCUCCGCGCCGCCAUCGAGCAGCUGCACAAUGACAAGGCGCGCCUAAAUCUUGAUGCCGAGCGCCUGCAGGACGACAUUCAGCGACUGCGUGAGCGUCUGGAAGACGAAUCCCGAGUGCGCGCUGACACCGAAGCCAUGACUCGCGCUCUGAAGAAGGAUGCCGGAGACGCCUCCCUGGCCAAAACCGAACUUGAGAAGAAGAUCCAAGCCCUCCAGGACGAGAUCGCUUUCGUCCGCGGCGACCACGAGGAAGAGGUCGGCGAGCUGCUCGCACAGCUGCAGGCAUCACAGGUCGUUACCGCCGAGAAGAGGGAGUGGCAGAAGGCAGACAUUACCGACGCUCUGCGAGAGAUCCGCACCCAGCUCGAGGGUCACUCCAACCGCAACCUGCAGCAGGUCGAAGACUGGUUCAUGUGCCGUUACGCCAAACUGACCGAGGCUGCGGAGCAGAACAAGGACGCCAUCAAGUCCGCCCGGGAUGAGAUCUCAGACUACCGGCGCCAGCUGCAGGCCAAAACGGUGGAGCUUGAAGCCGCCCGCGGGACCAAAGAGUCUCUGGAGAGGCAACUGAGCGACAUCGAGGACCGACACAACACCGACCUAUCCAGUCUACAGGAAACCAUUCACCAACUAGAUAACGAGCUGAAGAGUACGAAAUGGGAGAUGGCAAGACAUCUGCGUGAAUACCAAGACCUGCUGAACGUCAAAAUGGCCUUAGAUAUAGAGAUUGCAGCAUACAGGAAACUACUUGAAGGAGAGGAGACCCACUUCAGCACAUACCCCUACCGCCAGACUGUCACCAAAGGUCCCAAGGUCAAAGCUGAGCCCCCCAAACUGAGGGUCCAGCACAAGUUUGUGGAGGAAAUCAUUGAAGAGACUCGCGUGGAAGAUGAGAAAUUGUCGAUGGAUGAUGUCUUGGCAGAGAUGGCAGCAGAAAUGUCUGAAAAGAAAGAAGAUGAGGAAGAGGAAGAAGCUGAAGAGGAGGCUGAGGAGAAAGAAGAAGAGGAGGAAGUUGUUGCUUCCACCCAGGCCAAAGUGAGUGCCAGCGCACCUGCUGAAGAGGCUGAGGAAGCUGAGACUAAAGAAGGUGAUGAGGAAGAAGGUGGUACUGAAGCAAAGGAUGAGGAAGAAGGUGAGGAAGAAAAGGAAGAAGAAAAGGGAGAAGAUGCAGAGGAAACUGAAGAAGAAAGCAAAGAGGAAGUGGAAGUUGAGGAAACCGUGUUGAGCACUGAGGCACCUGAGACAAAGGCUUCACCAGAGAAGGAAAAGGCUGAAGAAGAAGAUGCUGAUGGAGAAGAAGAGGGAGGAGAAGAAGAUGCUAAAGAAAAAGAAGUAGAAACUGAGGAGAAAGAAUCAGAGAAAAAGGAUGAGGCUGACAAAGAAGACAAAAAAGAAAAAGAUGACAAGGAGUCCAAAACUGAGUCUCCUAAAGCCGAAUCACCAAAGGAGUCUCCAAAGAGUGAGUCUCCAAAGGUUGCCUCUCCAAAGAGUGAGUCCCCAAAGGCUGCCUCUCCAAAGAGCGGGUCUCCAAAGGCUUUAUCACCAAAGAGUGAGAGCCCAAAAGCUUCUUCUCCAACAAGUGAGAGCCCAAAAGUUGCUUCUCCAAAGAGUGAGAGCCCAAAAGCUUCUUCUCCAAAGAGUGAGAGCCCAAAAGUUGCUUCUCCUAAGGAUGAGACCCAAAAGGCCCCAAAAGUAGAGGAUGCCAAGAAAGAAACUCCAAAAGCUGAAUCUCCAAAAAGUGAAAGUCCCAAGAAGGAAAUAACCACAGAUACACCACAGAAGAAAGAAGACACAAAACCUGAUGAGAAACCCAGCAAGGAGGAAAAGUCUGAAGAAAAGAAGACAGACAAGAAAGAUGACACUGAAAAGGGUGAUAAGGACAAAAAGGAGAAAGAGAAGACAGAGCCAGAGAAGAAAGAUGUGAUCUCAAAUGGAGUAGCUGAAAGCCCUACCAAGGAUGACCCUAGCCAGAAGGUUGUCAUCACCAAAACAGUGGAGACCAUCACCACUGGUGAGGAUGGAGCCCAGCAUGUCACCACAUCUGUCACAGUCACUGAAACUGUGAAAGCAGUAGAAGAGAAUGUGGAGGAAACAGUGGUGGCCACCAAGAAAAUGGAGAAAGUCUCCACCCACACCGUGAAGCAAAUCACCGAAAAUGAGUAGAGAAGCACUUAAACUGUGAAGAGGAGUUGAAAAAGAUGCUAGCGCUCCAAUCCAAGCUAAUGUUACACAGAAAUCAUAAAGCUAGAUAACAAUGUAUCUAAUUACAUUAACCACUCUGAAAAUUUAACACGAUUUAACAGAAACAAAAAAAUUAUGCAUAGAGAGAAGCCAUAAGAUGCGGCGAGCUAAACAUUUUAAAUGCAUGUUGAGUGACAGCUUAAAAUUUUGCUGCAGAUGCUGUGUAGGUACCAGGGUUUCGAACGUCUUCCUUUCUGUCUGCAAUACCUGGGGGGUGGGCAUGGGGUGGGCAGGGCACUUGGGGUGGGCGCGUCUGCAUGCCAGCUCAGGGGGGAGCAUGCUCCCCUACUCUUCGGGGUAGAAAAACAAUCCGUAUGUAUGAAAGAAAAUCAGAUUUGCACAGCUUAAGAAUGUAUGCUGAGAGAGUGGCAGAAAUAUAUAUGAUGUCGAAUGCUGUUUGUCUUGAGGACAAUUUAAGUGUGACAAAAAUCUGCGUUCCAACAAAGUAGCCUUACUUAUAUAAAAGCGUGAGGACACACUGACUGAGCCAAACACAACAAUCACAUAGUGCAGUUUUGAACAACGGAUGAUACAAGCAAGCCCAUUAUCAUAUUCACACAGUACAUAAAGCAAUUAAGAAACUCCCUAGCCUUAAACAUGCUUUUUACUGUUGUCUAUUAUGUUUACGUAAUGAGUGCAAAUGACAAAAAAGAAACACAAUGUUGUGCACACACAUUCUUGUAUGCAUAGACUGGACUUGAAAUAUACUUCUUACACAUUAAUGAGGUGCUACGGUUUGCAAUCCCAUGUCUAUUGUCAUCGUAAUGCAUUUCAGCAUAUGCUCAAUAAACAUCAAACUGAAA